CCGACUUCUUCACUCAGAAUUCGUUUGACCGACGGAGCGAGAGAAGACCCAUGGGCAACAGCGCCGGCAAGACCCGCCAGAGCAAGGAGCUCGAACGCUACACGCGGCCGACGGGCCUCUACAAGUCGUGCCCAUGGGACCACAAGGUCGUGCGCAAGAUGAUCCUCGAGCGCAAGCUGGCGCCACGGUACCCGGGCAGCGACGCGCACCAAUCCGGCUCGUACGAGUGUCCCAUUUGCUUCCUCCACUACCCGAGCACGUUGAACCAAAGCACAUGCUGCAAGCAAGCGAUAUGCUCGGAGUGCGUCCUGCAGACCAAGCCGCCCAACAAGGUGGUGAGCUGCCCGUUUUGCAACGACGACAACUUCAAGACGCACUUCGCCAUUGGUGCAUCCGGUCGAUUGCAGGGAGCCAAAUGGCAGCACGGCGACUCGGACUGCACCGACAUAAGCAGCUCGGAGGCGUCGGCAACGAACGAGGUCGAAGUCCACUUUGCAUCGGUAGAAGACCGGCAGCGUCUUCAAGCCGAGGUGGCCGCGCAAAUCCGCGAGUCGGAUCUUGGGCAGCACGUGGCCGUCGUGCGGCGAGCGCCAACGCCGAGUCGAAAUGACGCUGCCUCGCUGGCGCGCAUGGAAGAGCUCUUGAUCCUCGAAGCCAUCCGGCGAUCGAUGCUCGAUUGCGAGAUGCGACGCCCGGAGCCGCAGUAUCGGCGGUCGACUCUGUUGUCGGACGCCCAUGCUUCGUUUCUCUGAGCUCCUUUUUUAUCUAAACGUAUUAUAAACGCGUGUCUAGUCUUUUCCUU